AUGAUUCGCUACUUCGUAUUAAUCGCCUUUCUCGGCGCUCUUGCCGCCUACACAUUCAAAAUUCUGUUAAUGAUGGAUCCAAACAAAAGAGUCUACAAUCACCGACCGGGACCAUGUCGUAGAGUUGAAGGAAUUGCGCACGGAUCCGAGGAUAUAGCUUUGUUGGAGGAUGAAGGUCUAGCCUUCAUAACUUCUGGUAUUUACUACAUGUCGCCACGAGCAAAGAACGUUAGAGGUCAGAUCUUCCUCUAUGAUUUCAAACAAAAGGGCACCUACAAAGCAGAGCCGCUCGAAAUUCAAGGAGAAUACAACAAGGAUGAUUUCAACCCUCAUGGCCUCUCACAUAUCCUUACUGCUCGAGCUGUUAUAAGAUUAUUUGUUAUUAACCAUACUAAAGACUUCAAACACUCUGUAUGGAUUCUUGACUGGAAUACUAGGACGCGACAGUUAGAUCUGGUAAAAAUAGUGGAGAAUGAAAAGUUUAUCAGGCCAAAUAACAUCAUGGCUAUUUCUGAAGAAUCGUUCAUGAUAUCAAACGACGGAACAGCACAAACUGCUAUGACAAAUCUCCUGGAGAUAAUGUCUUUGAGACCAAGUGGCAGUAUCGCUUUCUUUAAUGGAAAGGAAAGUGGUUGGUUGUUACCGUCCGCAGUCUCUCCGAAUGGCAUUAUCCUCGAUCGAGAGCGUAAACAUCUCUAUGUGUCCCAUUUCAAUGACAGAUUGAUCACUGUCUACAGGGUAGAUGAGCACACCUUAACGCUUUUCCAUGUUGUUGAUGUUCCUUUGGGAACUGCAGCCGAUAAUCUCUAUGUCGCUCCAGAUGGGUCUCUAUGGACUGGAGCCCAUCCGGUUCUCAAAGAAGCUUUCGCAGUUUUCGGAGACUGCGACAACCUCAAAAAACGUUCACCGUCCCAGGUGCUGCGGAUUGAGUUUUCGGAAGAUUACGAAUCUUGGGAAAUCACCGAGCCCUUCGCUGACGAUGGGCGUUUGAUUACGGGUUCUUCUGUCGCCAUUCCCUACAAUAAACAAUUGCUCAUAGGAUCGGUGUGCAGAGAACUCGUCCACUGCGAUAUUUUAACAGAAGAGACGUUCCAAUGGAAAAAUUAG